AUCAGAUUGGGCUUGAUUCGCUGCGAGUCUCUCUCUCUUCUUCAUAUGAGCUGCAAUAUAUAGUAAUAAGUCAGAACAUCGCGGUUAUUGCCUCUGAUUUUCCAGCUGGAACAAAAAAACUCUCCUUUCAUAACUAAUGCUACUCAAUCGAGCUUGUAUCUAAUAAGCAUUAGAGACUGUGCCAACGAUCAAUUAAAUAACCAUUUGGUUUUUAAACGCGUCGGUAGCAGAAAACAUCACUCAAGCCGUUGUCGAGGCAGAGUUUAAAGAUUUAUAGGUGAAAUUUUGAUUCUGUAAAAAGUGCCAAUUUAAAAAUGGCCAGUCCAAGGACUCGACGUGCUUUGAGCGAUCUCAAGCCUACUGACGAAAACAAUAGAUGUUUUGAGUGUGGUGCACACAAUCCGCAAUGGGUAUCUGUCACGUAUGGAAUUUGGAUAUGUCUUGAAUGCUCUGGUAAGCAUAGAGGUUUGGGUGUACACCUUUCUUUUGUACGAUCCAUUUCCAUGGAUAAAUGGAAAGAUAUAGAAUUAGAAAAGAUGAAAGUUGGAGGUAAUAGAAAAGCUAGAUUAUUUUUUGAAUCGCAGCCAGAUUGGGAUGAUACAAUGUCAAUCAUCCAAAAGUAUAACACAAAAGCUGCAGCAUUGUACAGAGAUAAGAUUAAUGCAUUAGCUCAUGGAGAGCCAUGGAGUCCAAAUACUUCUUCUGCUGCUUCUUCUUUUAAAUCUAGCAAUGUGGAAAGCAGAAGAGAGUAUGGAAAUUCUUAUCAAAAUGAUUCAUCUGCUUCAACUUACCAAAAUCAAAAUUUUAAUACUCCUGAUUUUAAAGCUCAAACUGAAGAUUUUUUUGCUCGAAAACAAAAUGAAAAUGCAUCCCGUCCAGAAAAUUUACCUCCAAGUCAAGGUGGUAAAUACGGUGGUUUUGGUUAUUCUGCUAAUCCUAUUCCCAAAAGUACAAGUCAAGAAUUUGUGGAUACUGCUCUCUCAUCUCUUGCUAGUGGGUGGUCUCUCUUUUCUUCUACUGCAUCAAAAGUUGCUUGCAAAGCUACUGAAAAUGCAAUCAAAAUUGGUGGAUAUGCAUCUCAAAAGGUACGUGAUGGUACAUUGUUAGAAGAUGUUGGGAGCCAAGUCUCUAAUUUAGCUAACAAGGUUGGUGACCUUGGUAGAAGAGGUUGGGGAGAUAUCGGUGGUAGCAAUACCUCUGAUCAAAAUUACAGAUCAUUUGAAAGAGACAAUGAAAAUUCUUAUCAAAGUAGUUCCAAUUAUAGGCGAUCAAAUGAAAAGUCUUCGCUUACCAGCUCUAAUCAAAACAAAUCUGGUUCAACAUCUCCAAGUUCAUAUAAUGCUGAUUGGGAAUGGGAAACAAGUUCAGUACCAAAAGAAGUUCCACAGUCCUACAAAACGACGUCAAAACCAUUGAAAGAAAAGAAAACACAACAAGAGUCUUUGAUUAAUUUUGAUUCUGAUAAAACUAAUUCAAAUUAUAAUUCAAAAAAACUGGAAGAUGAAGCUUGGGAGAUACUGAAGAAUUGAACAUUUUGUGUAGAACUAUUGACUAUUAUAAUGUUUAACUUGAAAAAAAUUAGAAGAAAUUGUCAUCUCCAACUCACUUGGCAUUAUUGAUGGUGUUUUGAAGUUUAUUUUUAUCGGAAUGACCAUUUGUCAAUUAUGUGCAAUCUUUCAAAUAUUCAUAAUUGAAAAAAAGAGAGUAUGACACAUUUAGAGAAAAAAAAAUUAAUUUUUAAUUCCUUUAAAUUAAUGCCAGUACUAUAACUCUACAAUAGUAUUAUAUUAUAUUAAUGUUUUUGGUGAU